AUUCUUAAAACCCAGCCGACGAAGACAUUGCCGCCGUUUCUCAGCUUCGAUUCAAUCAUUCUCUACUUCUUCAAUGAUAGCUCAAACUAAUCUUUCUGGGUUUUGUUCAAACCCUAAAAAUCUACAUUUUCCACCACAAUCAUCUCCAAGCUUCAUUCGCUCCCCACAAAUUGUAUCUUUCAAGAGUAUCUCUAAUCCUACAAUUCCAAUUAACGUAUCGUCAAAAAGACUCUUACAAUGUAGUAGUAUUUCACAAAGCUCAGACGUUUUCCCUUCCGAUGUGGAUGAAUCAGCCGGUGGUUUAAGAAGGAAAAAGCUUGCUGUUUUCGUCUCCGGUGGGGGAUCAAACUUCCGGUCAAUUUACGAGGCUACUGUUAAUGGGUUAGUUCAUGGAGAUGUGGUUGUUUUGGUGACAAAUAAACCAGGUUGUGGAGGGGCAGAAUAUGCUAGAGAUAAGGGUAUUCCAGUCAUUUUGUUUCCCAAACCGAAAGAGAGUAUUUCAGAAGAUGAUCUUGUAGAUACUCUAAGGCGAUACGAGAUUGACUUUAUCAUUUUAGCUGGAUAUUUGAAACUUAUACCAACUGAACUGAUUCGUGCUUACCCGCGAUCAAUCUUAAAUAUCCAUCCUUCACUUCUUCCGGCUUUUGGAGGAAAAGGAUUUUAUGGGAUGAAAGUGCAUAAUGCAGUUAUUAAAUCUGGAGCAAGAUUUUCAGGUCCUACAGUUCAUUAUGUGGAUGAACAUUAUGAUACUGGUAGAAUUCUUGCUCAAAGUGUUGUACCUGUUCUUGCUGAUGAUACUGCUGAUAAGCUUGCUGCUAGGGUUCUUCAUAAGGAGCAUGAAAUGUAUGUGGAUGUAGUAGCUGCGAUAUGUGAAGAACGGGUAAUUUGGAGGGCUGACGGUGUUCCUAUUAUAAGGAGUAAAAACAAUCCCGACGAGUAUUGCUAGUCACUUUUUUAUAGAGUAAUUAUGUAAGGUAUUAUAGUAACUCAGUGUUGUUCUUUAUUUCUCAUGCGAUUGUGGGGGAUUUUCUUUUUAAACUUUUUGUUUGUUUGUACUUGGUUAAGAUGAAUCUAGUUUUGGUUUCAAUA